AUGAGAGCUAUUGGUGUAUCACCAAGUGUCUUGGACCAGUUUCGUCGACGUUUGGAACGUUGUCAUGUCUCGCAUGCGGCUAACUUAUUGUUAUGUGUGACAGAUGUUUCUAAGCAAGAUAAACUGCGUGUGCUCGAAAUAGCAGACAUGAAAGAAAGGCUCUAUCAAGUCAACCAGACCAUUCGUGAUUAUUUGCAGACAAUCAAGAUAACUGCUUCAAAGUCAGACAAUGAUAUGUUAUUUGAUCAGAUACGCAGAAAAUUCUAUCUCCUGCAAGAGAGGGCUUCUAUAUAUAGACUGACAGAAGACGAUGAAGAAACCAUUGAUUUAGUGAUCAAACUCAACCAUGCAAAAUUACCAGAACAUGCAGCUAUUGCUAUCAAACGUGACUUGAAUCGGUUAAGAAAGCUACCACCUUCUUCUUCAGAUGCAGCCGUCAUAAAGACGUAUAUUGAGUAUGUGAGUGAACUGCCUUGGUCCACCACAAGACACGAAGACAUGCAGGAACUGCAUAUUUCUUCUGUAAAGCAUCAGUUGGAUGCUGAUCAUUUCGGGAUGGAUACAGUCAAGAACAGAAUAUUAGAGUACCUUUCUAUUUUGAAGAUCAAACAGGAUGCAACACCACCUAUUUUAUGCUUUGUUGGACCUCCUGGUGUAGGAAAGACCACGCUAGGUAUUUCAAUUGCAAGAGCUUUGCAGAGAAAAUUCCAUCGUAUUUCACUUGGCGGUGUUCGUGAUGAAGCUGAAAUAAGAGGACAUCGACGCACUUAUGUGGGAGCACUACCAGGUUUAUUGAUUCAUGGUAUGCGGCAAUGUGGUGUACAAAAUCCAGUGAUGCUACUAGAUGAAAUUGACAAACUUGUCACCAAUUCAAAUCAAGGUGAUCCAGCUGCUGCUUUAUUAGAAGUCUUGGAUCCUGCACAAAAUGCUACCUUUAACGAUCAUUUUAUCAAUAUCCCUUAUGACUUGUCUCAAGUCGUCUUUAUUGCCACUGCCAAUUCAUUGGAUACGAUUCCAAGACCUUUACUGGACCGUAUGGAAGUCAUUCAGUUAGACGGUUAUACGUUCCAUGAAAAACUGCAUAUUUCCCAAGCCCACCUUGUCCCUAAACAGAUCAAAGCGCAUGGUUUAUCUGAUGUAGGAGGCAUUGAAUUAUCAAAGGAAGUAUUACUACACAUUGCAGAAAGAUAUACAAGAGAGAGUGGCGUGCGUCAAUUAGAAAGAUUGAUAGCUAGUGUAUGUCGAUACAAAUGCAAAGAAUAUGCAGAUCUCAUGGAAGCCAGAAAACUGGAUCAAUUCUCCAAGACAAUUCAUGUCCAUCAACUAGAGCAUAUAUUGGGUGUAGAACCAUACGAAAACGAAGUGCUUGAUGCUGAGGAAAUCCCAGGCAUUAUUAACGGCUUAGCCUAUGCUGGUAGUGGCAAUGGAGGCGUGAUGACCAUUGAAGCCAACUGUAUGCCUGGCACAGGUCAAUUAAAGCUGACAGGCUCUUUGGGCGAUAUCAUAAAAGAAUCUGCACAACUGGCUGUCUCUUGGAUCAAAUCAAACGCUUAUGAACUCAAAUUAACUAAUUUGCCUAAACAAGAUAUAUUGAAAGAUGUGGAUCUUCAUAUCCAUAUGCCAAGUGGAGCUAUUCCUAAAGAUGGACCUUCUGCUGGUAUCACAAUGACGACAUGUCUUGUCUCUUUAUUAUCGGGUCAUUAUGUGCCUAAAACAACAGCCAUGACAGGUGAAAUCACACUUCGGGGCCAAGUAAGGCCUGUCGGUGGUAUCAAGGAAAAAGUGAUUUCUGCUCAUCGGGCGGGUGUCAAAAAAAUACUGCUGCCUAUAGCCAACCGACGCGAUGUGAUCCAUGAUGUGCCUAUCGAAGUUCAAAAAGAAAUACAGUUUGUGUAUUGUAAAUCUAUGUGGGAUGUAAUUGAAGCUGCUUUUGAUCAAAUCCAUACUUUCUUUGAACCUAAAUACAGGUGUCGUUUAUAA